AUGGCUACGUUUCGUGCGCUGAAUGCGGGGAGCAGAGGACGGGGACGAGGCAGGGAUGCGUCCCGCGCCACCAAUUUGUCCCUUGUGGGGGAGGGUGGUAGCGGGAACGUAGCGCCUGGUAGCACGCUAGCGGCGGAUACGGAGAAGCUGUACUUUGAUAGCUACGCGAACCUAGGAAUUCACCAGGAGAUGAUUCAGGACGAGGUGCGCACGUGCGCGUAUCGGGACGCGCUGAUGCGGCACGCGGAUCGCAUCCGCGGGAAGGUGGUGGUGGACGUGGGGUGCGGCACGGGCAUCCUCAGCAUCUUCGCCGCGCGGGCCGGCGCCAGGAAGGUCUAUGCUAUUGAUGCCAGCGAUAUUGCCAUCCAUGCACAGCAGGUGGUGCAGGCCAAUGGGCUGUCUGACGUCAUCACGGUUUUGCACAAGAGAGUGGAGGAGGUGGAGUUGGAGGAGAGGGCGGAUGUGCUGGUAUCGGAGUGGAUGGGCUACAUGCUGCUCUACGAGACCAUGCUGCCUGCAGUGAUAGCGGCCAGGGACCGUCUCUUGAAGCCAGGAGGGCUCAUCCUGCCAUCGCAUGCCACCCUGUUCAUCGCUCCUGUGUCAUGUGAAGACCGGUUUGAGGACGGCACAGCCUUCUGGAGCGACGUGCAUGGCAUCGACAUGUCGGCGCUGGUACCCCUGGCGAAGAAGUGCUAUUUCACAGACCCCUGUGUGGAGAACAUCACAGCAGAGCACGUUCUAGGGGAGCCCUCUGUGGUGAAGCGCAUAGACUGUGCGACGGUGACAGAGGAGGACCUGCAACUUGUAGAGGCAGACUUCUCUUCAAAGUCCAUGAUCGUGUCCCCACUGACCGGCUUUGCCUUCUGGUUCUCCGUGGAGUUCAACAAUCAUCCCAGCCCUAUCGCCGCGCCCACCCUCUCGCGACCAUCUGCUGCCUCUCCUGCUCCUGCUCCUGCUCCUGAUGCUCCUGCUGCUCCGGCUGCUGCUGAUGCUGAGAUUGCUGAUGCCCCUUCCGAAGGCUUUGUUCCCAGUGGUGCUGAUGCAGCCACCGCCCCUGCAUCUGAGGCUGCUGCUGCUGCUGAUUCUACUGCUGCUGCCGCUACCGCUAGUCCAGGGGGAGACAGCACAGACGCCAUGGUGACAGACAGUGUGGUGCUCUCCACAGCACCAGAGGACACGCCAACACACUGGAUGCAGACGGUGCUGUAUGUGGGGGAGAUGUAUCCGGUUCACCAGGAUGAUGUCAUCAGUGGCCACGUCACCAUCACGCCCAAUAAGGAAUGCACCCGCUUCCUCGACAUUGGUCUCUCCUACCA